AUGACUCUUCAGUCUUCAUUCAGAGCACCCACGACUGCCCAAAGUGAUUCUUUAUCAUGUUUUCACUCGGACCCAACUAAAGACGUCUCCAAGCGAAAGGGGCCAACUCUUAUGAGCGGCGGCGUGCCGGCGAGCGUCGCCAAGCAAGCGGAGCUCCUGAAGGCCGACGGAAACACGUAUUUCAAGAAGGAGCGAUUGGGCGCUGCGAUUGAUGCCUACACCGAGGCUAUUGCGCUUGUUCCAAAUGUGCCUGUGUAUUGGACGAAUCGAGCACUUUGCUUUCGGAGGCGGAAAGAGUGGACAAGAGUUGAAGAAGAUUGCAGAAAAGCUCUUGAACUGGACAGCAGCUCAGUCAAAGCUCACUAUAUGUUGGGGAUUGCAUUGCUAGAGCGAGAAGAACAUGCUGAGGGAAUAAAGGAAUUGGAGAAGGCUUUCGAUCUUGAGAGGAGUGCUAAACGCCCAGGUCAUCUUGUCGAGGAGGUGUGGUCAAUUCUUGCUAAAGCAAAGUAUGAGGAAUGGGAACGUGAAUCUAGUGAGAGGUCGUGGACAUUGCAGAAAUUGAAAGAUGAUUGUGAAAAGGCUUUACUAGAGCACCGCUUUCUCGAUGUUUCUGAAGAUAAAGAUGAAGUCAAAGAUGCUGUGAAUGAUCACUCGAAACAACUUGAGCUCCUGAAGGAUGUUUUUAGUAAAGCUGCAGAUAAUGACACACCAAAAGAGGUACCAGACUACUUAUGCUGUAAGAUUACCCUUGACAUAUUUCGGGAUCCUGUGAUCACCCCAAGUGGUGUUACUUAUGAAAGGGCUGUGCUUCUUGAGCAUCUUCAGAAGGUGGGCAAUUUUGAUCCGAUUACAAGAGAGACCCUCGAAGUGAGCCAAUUGGUGCCUAAUCUAGCCAUCAAGGAGGCAGUUCGGUCGUUCUUGAAUGAUCAUGCCUGGGCCUAUAAAAUGAACUGAGGGUUGCCCUUUAUGUUGGCUUGUUCUUUUCAUUUUCAUACUUAAUUCAUACUUUUGUUGUUGGUUGUGUUUCCUUUUUUGUUUUCUCCUUGAUGACUUUUUAUUUUGAGGGGUUGUUUGUACAGAGAAAAUGUUGUUUGUUUGAUAUAUAUUGAUAUAUGUGUGUACGGUGUGAUCAUUCAUCUGUAAGGGGAAAAUACCUCCGGAUGAUUGUAUAUGGUUUCAAAAGGGUUUCUGUUUGCGUCUA